AAUGAGAUGAAUAUAAUCAGAAUGAAAAUAUUGGGUGCACUUGCGGACUCGAAAGUGCAACAUCUGAGGAUCUUGUAGAGUGUCACCAAUGGAAACAUACGUAUACUCUACUAACUGGAAAGAUUUUAUACAACUGGCUUGAGUUGACUUUUCUGGUCAACUAGUUAUGUGGGAUGUAAUGAAGGUUACAAUAAGAAGAGAAUUGAGAGAAAGUAAAACUGAAUGACUCAGCUAUCAGCUGUUGUUCUCCAACUAGUUUUGUGUAUCUCUUCUUCCAAGCCAUAUUGUUUUACUUGUUGUUACUGAUGUGGUUGGGAAAUGGUGAAAUGAAGUGUUAUGAUGAUGUGUCUGUCAGAUGGCAGUCUGAGUUCUUGCAACAUAGUGGAUCGAUUACAGUACGAAUCACUGCUGUUGCACUUUUUGUCUAUCCAUGGUUGUAAAGUCUUAUUGUUUGAUCAUUUAUAAAAGGAUGCUUUUUGGCGUCUAUGUGGUGAGAAAGCACGUGCAGUGAGUUAAUAAGUUUUGCACACUUUAGCAUAUUUGCAGUAGUGUGUGACAAUGUGAGAGAUCAAUGCAAAUAGGGUGUUGUAGAAAAUGAUGUGCUGGUUAUGAAAAUGACAAUAUGAACUUGUAGGCAGGAAAUGAGAAAAAAAAGGGGGAGGGCUAGAUAUGAAAACAUAUUGAGGUCAUCAUUUGCAGAUGAUUUUGGAAACAUUGGAUUACGUGGAAAUGCUCUAUUUCAGACUAGACUGUACCCACCCCGGAUGUGAGGGUGUGUGAGGAGGAGUAUAUAAGAGCAAGCUCACCAGCUCACUUCAUCAGUAUCGAGGAUAUCGGUCAUCAUCAUGUUUUCAUUUUUUGUGACAGUUCUAGUGGUCAUUCAAGUCAUUGCUACUUCUGUUGGUCAAAGUUUGUCAGAUGAGAGAAAUCAGCAGACAUGUGUGUCUGCUGGUGUUCCAGGAGUACCUGGAUCACCUGGAGUGAAUGGAUCACCCGGACGAGAUGGAAUGAAAGGAGAAAGGGGAUUGGUUGGAGAUGCCGGUGCACAGGGAAUGAAAGGAGAAGAAGGAAGGAAAGGAGAGAAAGGAACACAGGGAGAGAGAGGAUUAUUUGGAGAUGUCGGUGGCAAAGGUAAUGCUGGGAAGAUAGGCCCACAGGGUCCACAAGGUCCAGAAGGUCUACAAGGGAUAAAAGGGGAAACAGGAAGGAAAGGAGAGGAAGGAGAAGCUAUGACAGUCAACUGGAAACAGUGUGUGUGGGAUAGAAAUGAUGGGAAGGACAGCGGUCUGAUUCAGAACUGUAAUUUUAGGAAACUUGACAGCAAUUCAUCUCUACAUGUUGCAUUUGCAGGAACUCUUGUGGUCCAGUGCUCCAGUGGUGCGUGCUGUUCUCGAUGGUAUUUUACAUUCAAUGGUAACGAAUGCAGUGGACCUAUGACUAUUGAUGGACUUAUGUAUGGUGAACCAGUCAAUAAUUGGGCUCACCGUCACAGACAUAUUGAGGGAUACUGUGAGAACAUUCCAGCAGGUCAAGUCACAAUUGGAUUUAACAUUGGAAACUGUAAGAGACACCCAACAUAUAAUGGCAAUACAGGAUGGAAUUCGGUAUCUCGCAUUAUGAUUGCAGAAGUUCCUCCCUCACAAAAGUGACUGAAUUAGAAAUCGAGGAAUUAGAACUUGUGUUCAGUAUUGUAGCUGGCAGUAUACGUACAGUAUGAGGUAGCUGAAGUUCAAGUAGGGAACUGGAUAUCUCUUUCUGCCUUAUAUGUAUG